AUGGCUUCCGCCGUGUUCUUCCUCGACUUGAAGGGCAAGACCCUUCUUGCCCGAAACUACCGCGGUGACAUUCCCAUGUCAGCUGUCGAGAAGUUCCCCGUCCUUCUCAGCGAAGCAGAAGAAGAAUCAUCAGCUGUCCCACCAUGCUUCUCGCACGAGGGUAUCAACUACCUUUACAUCCGACACAACAACCUAUACCUCCUUGCCCUGACGAAACGAAACACCAACGCUGCCGAGAUCCUCCUAUUCCUUCACAAGAUUGUCGAAGUCUUCACCGAGUACUUCAAGGCCCUUGAGGAAGAGUCCAUCCGCGACAACUUUGUCAUCAUCUACGAGCUUCUCGACGAGAUGAUGGACUUUGGCUACCCCCAGACUACCGAGUCCAAGAUCCUCCAGGAGUACAUCACCCAAGAAUCCCACAAGCUCGAGAUCCAGGCCCGCCCGCCCAUCGCCGUCACAAACGCUGUCUCAUGGCGUUCCGAGGGUAUUCGCUACCGCAAGAACGAGGUCUUCCUCGACGUCGUCGAGAGUCUCAACCUUCUCGUUAGCGCCAACGGCAACGUCCUGCGCAGUGAGAUCCUGGGCGCCAUCAAGAUGAAGUGCUAUCUCAGCGGUAUGCCUGAGCUCCGCCUGGGCCUGAACGACAAGGUCAUGUUCGAGACAACAGGCCGAACGACACGCGGCAAGGCUAUUGAGAUGGAGGACGUCAAAUUCCACCAGUGUGUGCGGCUGUCACGCUUCGAGAACGAUAGGACCAUUUCCUUCAUCCCCCCGGACGGAGAGUUCGAGCUCAUGAGCUACCGCCUCAACACCCAGGUCAAACCCCUGAUUUGGGUCGAAUGUGUUGUCGAGAGCCAUAGCGGGUCGCGAGUCGAGUACAUGCUCAAGGCCAGAUCGCAAUUCAAGAGGAGGAGUACGGCCAACAACGUUGAGAUUAUCGUUCCAGUCCCCGAUGAUGCCGACACUCCUCGCUUCCGCACCAACAUUGGCGCCGUCCACUACGCCCCUGAACAGAGCGCCAUCGUGUGGAAGAUCAAGCAGUUUGGAGGCAACAAGGAGUUCUUGAUGAGAGCAGAGUUGGGACUGCCUUCGGUACGAGGCGAUGACGAGCACGGUGGUGGUAUGACUGGUGGUUUCGGCGGUAGUAUGGGUGGUGUUGGUGCGCCUGGCAAGGGAGCCAAGAGGCCGAUCCAGGUCAAGUUUGAGAUCCCCUAUUUCACAACGAGUGGUAUCCAAGUGCGGUACCUCAAGAUUACAGAGCCAAAGCUGCAAUAUCCCUCGUUGCCUUGGGUCAGAUACAUCACCCAGUCAGGAGACAUAGCUGUGAGGUUGCCUGACGCAGUAUGA